AAAAACAGAGACAGAAAGAAACGUUACUUAAAUUUUUUCAUAUUAAACUUGUGGAAGCAUGAAAGGUGAGUGAUUGGUUGGUUGGUGAGAGUUAUGUGAAAUGAUAUAUGUAUUUCGCGAUUUCCUAAACAGAAAUGGAUUUAGUGGAGCAUGCAUGGAUGGAUGGAUUACAAUGGUGGGCGUGUGAGUUUGAGGGAGCAGUCAGCAUAGCAAUAAGGUUGUCUUGAAAACAAGAAAGAAAGAAACAAGAACAAAAAAAAAGAAGGCAUUUUUUGGGUCUUAAAAACUCCUGACCAAACUUCACGUGAGGCCCUUCAGCCAUGUGUCCCUCUGCAAGAAAUUCGAGAAACGCCCAAGUCCCCUCUCCCAUUCUUUAUUCUAGAGAGAGAGAGAAGAGAGAAGAGAGAGAGUGGAGCUGAAUUAUUCACAGUUUGUGUAAAGGGUAAUGGAAACCACCAUUAGUGAAAUGGACAGUGAGUAGAUGAGUUCCCUUAUUAAAUUCUUGGGUCUUGGUGUUGUGUCUGUGACACACUCUCUCUCUCUCUCUUUGCUUGCUCUCUCUAUGUUCUUGAUUAAACCCUCUCAGUAAAGCAAAAACAUUUCUUAUCUUGGGGGUCAAAUAAACCUAAGAGGGUUGGACAGCGACACUAACUGGCGCGCCCCUUUACUUUACACUUGAUUCAUUGAGGCCCCCAUGCUUCUUCACCGUGAUCUUUCCUCACAUCCUUCCCCUUUGACAAUGGUUUCAGAUCUGGGGGUUUUGGUGGUGAGAUUGGCUGUGUUAAAGCUGAAAGCAGAAAGCCAUUUGCCUUUUGGAUCUUCCACCUUUUCAAGAUUCUCUAGGUGUUUAGUGCUGAGCUGAUCAAUAGAGUUUGACCCAUGUCUCUUUUUUUAAUUAUGGGAACCAAAUCAAGGCUUCAUUAUUAGACAUAUCAUCCAUCAUCAUUUAACUAUUUUCCCUUUCAAGGUUUGAUUUUUGAAUCAGGAAGUGGGGUGUCUUGAGUUCAUCAAUGGGUGGUGGUGGUACAUUGCUCUCAAGGUACAACUCCUCUCCCUCAUUCUUGUUCUUCUUGUUGUCAUCAUUGUUUUUACUAUUGUCUGGAUUCCCCCAAGCAAGAUCAGAAGAUUCUGUGGCCCUUUUGGCUUUGAAAGCCUCUGUAGACCCGAAGGGUUCUCUUCAAUGGGGAGGAGGGAGUGAUUUCUGUCAAUGGCAUGGUGUUAAAGAAUGCUUGAAUGGUAGGGUCACUAAGCUUGUUGUUGAAAGAUUUAACUUGAGCGGCACAUUAGACGGCAAAAGCUUGAAUCAAUUGGAUCAGUUAAGGGUUUUAAGCUUUAAAGAAAACUCACUUUCUGGGCAAAUUCCAGAGUUCUCUGGCCUGAAAAACCUCAAGUCCCUCUACCUCAAUAACAACAAGUUCUCGGGUCGAAUCCCAGUUAGUCUUUCUUUGAUGCACCGUCUAAAAGUCAUUGUUCUGGCUGGUAACAUGUUGUCGGGUCAGAUUCCUCGUUCGUUGGUUGGUUUGAGCCGACUGUAUGUGCUUUAUUUGCAAGAUAAUCGAUUGACCGGUGACAUUCCGCCUUUUAAUCAAAGAAGUUUGCGAUUCUUUAACGUGUCGAAUAAUGCACUCUCUGGGGAAAUCCCAGCAACUGCACAAUUGGUCAGGUUCAAUGAGUCCUCAUUCGUUGCUAAUGUUGAUUUGUGCGGCUUACAAAUUCAAAAACCGUGUAACUUUGGUCCAUCUGCUAGUCCAGCAUACCCGAUAGUGCCACGUAAAAUGGGGCAUCAUAAGCGGAACAAGAAACUUAUAUUGAUAGUCAUUCUGUGUGUUGGUGGGUUUGCCCUGUUAUGUGUUGUCGCAGCAGUUUGGAUGGUGUGUUUGAGAAAGACGAGAAAGGAAACAGAGGCGAGGAGUAAAGUAGCUGCACGAGGGGUGGAGGAGGGGACGCCUAGUGGUGUUGCUAGCGGUGGUCGGGACGAUAGUAGUGCUAGUAAACAAGGCGGAUUUUCUUGGGACCAAGGGCCCGAUGGACUUGGGAGUCUUGUUUUCCUUGGACCAGGGGAUCAGCAAAUGAGUUACAGCUUGGAGGAUCUGUUGAAGGCCUCGGCUGAGACAUUGGGGAGGGGGACUAUCGGAAGCACCUAUAAGGCAGUCAUGGAGUCGGGGUACAUUGUGACCGUGAAGAGGCUGAAAGACGCAAGGUACCCGAAAAUGGAGGAGUUCAGGAGACACAUUGAGAUUCUUGGUAGAUUAAGGCAUCCUAAUUUGGUUACGCUCAGGGCUUAUUUUCAGGCGAAGGAGGAGCGUCUACUUGUGUAUGAUUAUUUCCCGAAUGGCAGUCUCUUCUCUCUCAUACAUGGAUCAAGAGCGGCAGGUGGUUCAAAGCCCCUCCACUGGACAUCUUGUCUCAAAAUAGCAGAGGACUUGGCCGCAGGACUACUCUACAUCCACCAAAAUCCUGGCCUGACACAUGGGAACUUGAAAUCCACCAAUGUCUUAUUAGGGUCCGACUUCGAGUCGUGCCUCACCGACUACGGACUAACUCCGUUCCGCAACCCCGACUCGCAAGAGGAAUCUAGUGCUUCAUCCCUCUUCUACCGAGCCCCGGAAUGUCGCGACGUGCGAAAACCCCUAACGCAACAAGCCGAUGUCUACAGCUACGGAGUCCUCCUACUGGAGCUGCUAACCGGAAAGACUCCUUUCCAAGACCUCGUACAAGAACAUGGCUCCGACAUACCUAAAUGGGUCCGAUCCGUCCGGGAGGAAGAGACCGAGUCAGGCGACGAGCCGGCAUCCGGCAACGAGGCAUCCGAGGAGAAACUUAGUGCCCUCUUGAACAUCGCAAUGGCGUGCGUUUCCGUUACACCGGAAAGUCGGCCGGUGAUGCGGGAAGUUCUGAGGAUGAUUAGAGAGGCAAGAGCAGAGGCACACUUGUCUUCUAACAGUAGUGACCAUUCACCUGGGAGAUGGUCAGAUACUGUGCAGAGUUUGCCAAGGGAAGAACACUUCAGUAUAUAAGCGGUUUGGUUUUUCUCAUAUGAGUAUGAAAAUCAUAUUUUUUUGUCUUUUGUUGUUUUUGUUUUUUUUACUUGAAUUGAAUAUCAUGUUAGGUGAUUUUCAGUCCAUUGAUUUCUCAAGAAGUAUGUAGCACUUUGGUACAGGUUUUUCUUCUUCUUUUGGUAGUUUGUUUGUAGAAUAUGUUGAGCCAUUGAUUGAUAUCUCAAUUUACUUCCAGACUUGAUUGAUCAAA